AUGGGAAGUCUUCCGGGACAUGUAGUUCCUGGCACAAUAUUUCUUAUACUCGGUCUAUGGUGGAUGUAUUCAGCAUGGUUACGUUAUUUUAUAUGUCGUCAACGUCGACGGCCAUACUAUGUAACAGUAUCGUUUCCAUGUCAUUGUUGUGGACCACGAGUUGCUAGGUUACCUAUUGAAUCAUUUUUUGUUUUAUUUGGUACAACAUUAGGUAUCCUUAUUGAAUUAAUUGCUGGAUUUAAUCGUGUUAUUGAUCCAAAAACGGGUUCUGUAUCAUUUAAUGAAGGAGCAAAUAAUCUUCAACAUUUUGCUAUGUAUUUUAUGUUUUUUAUAGUUGGAUUAAUUUCAUUAUUAGCUCAUUAUAAUUUUCCAUUACCAAAAAAUUUUGAUGGAGUUGCUGGUUGUUUAGCAUUUACAGCUGAAGGUCUUCUCUUUUAUUUUCAUGGUCAUGCUCGUGAAGAAGUCGAAGUUUUACUACAUGUUUUUCUUGUUUUAUCUAUAUUUGCUACAGUUAUAUGUGCAGUUUUUGAAAUAAUUCAAAAAGAAAAACAAGUUCACACAACUUUAAUGCGUGCAUAUUUUACUGUUAUGCAAGGUGCAUGGUUUUAUGCAAUAGGAUUUAUUUUAUAUAGUCCAUUUCAUGAACAUUAUGAACAAAGUAAAGAUCCUGAUGCACAUCGUACAACAAUGUUAAUUGCUUAUUAUUUUGCUCUUAAUAUGGCUAUUACAUUUUUUACAUUACUUAUGUUAUCUAUUCCAGCUUAUUAUAUAAGUAAACGACAAUAUCAAACAAUAGAUUUUGCAGAAUAUGGAAAUCUUUCCAUGAUUAAUAACGAUGAUGAUGAUGAUGAAAUGGAAAAAUUAAAUGGUGUAACAACAACAACAACAACAAUACAUUAA